AUGGCUUCAUUUGAGGCCCUUUAUGGUAGGAUGUGUAGAUAUCCUAUUGGGUGGGUUGGUGAGGUAUCUUUUAUAGGGCUCAAGUAUGUUCAUGAAGCUAUAGAUAAAGUUAGACUCAUUAGAGAGAGAUUGAGGACUACCCAAAGCCGACAAAAAUCCUAUGCAGUUGUGAGAAGAAGAGAGCCUGAGAUUGAGAAGAAGUAUAUUGGUGAUCCUACUUCAAUUGUGCCAUUGGAGGGAGUUGGUGUGAAAGAAAUUCUAUCGUAUGAAGAAGUUCUAGUUGAGAAUCUUGAUCGUCAAGUCCAGAAGUUGAGGAAUAAAGAAGUUGCAUGCAUUCAAGUCCUUUAG